AUGAGUUCGAAAAGCGUAUCCCCAACUCCGCUCCUUUCCGAAAAGCACAACGGAAUCCCAGCUAGGCUAUUCGACAAGGCCCAAGAAUCAAAAUCUGCGAUCUUCGAUAUAUCCACCAAAUCCGAAAACAGUAGGACGAAAGUGGCCCUCCCACAGGGCAUCAAUCAAGCCACCUUUCGUACCGCUAUCGCAGAACUCCGCGAUCGACUAGGCGAAGAACAUGUAGAAUUUGUGACGAAACUAGACGAUGGAUGGUAUAUGGAAAACCCAAAUACCCACGAUGGAAUGCAUAUCUCUGAAGAAAGUGACUUCGUCGCAUCCGUGGUAGUUUACCCCAGCAGCACCAAGGAAGUCCAAACAGUCGUACAAUGGGCGAACAGCUAUCGCAUCCCCAUUUCCCCGAUCUCAAUCGGUCGAAACUAUGGCUACGGAGGCGCAGCCCCACGCGUCCGCGGGGCAGUCGUACUCGAUCUCGGUCGGCGAAUGAAUCGAAUCCUCGACAUCAACCCGGACGACUGUACCUGUCUCGUCGAACCGGGCGUAACCUACUUCGCUCUAUACGAAGAGAUUCAAGCGCGGGGCUUCCAGCACCUUUGGGUAGACGUUCCCGAUAUUGGAGGUGGGUCGGUGUUGGGAAAUGCACUUGAUCGCGGGGUCGGGUAUACGCCCUAUGGAGAUCACUGGAUGAUGCAUUGUGGGAUGGAAAUUGUGCUUCCAACUGGUGAGGUUAUUAGGACUGGCAUGGGUGCUUUGCCGGGGAAUAAUAGCUGGCAGCUUUUUCCUUAUGGGUUUGGUCCUACUGCUGACGGAUUGUUCUCGCAAUCGAAUAUGGGAGUCGUGACGAAGAUGGGGUUUGGAUUGAUGCCCAAUCCUGGUGAUCAUGAGAGCUAUGUGAGAUUUUCUCGAGUUCUGGCUUUGCACAAUGGCUCACGGAUUAUACAGCUUUACGCAUUCCAAAGAGAAGAGGAUCUCAGCCAAUUGCCUGAUCAGAUUGACAUAAUCCGACCUCUUAGAAUCGCCAUGAUUCUGGAGAAUGUUGCACAGCUCCGCCACAUUAGUAUGCAAGUUGGACUAGAGGGCAAACCCCGAAGCUUCUAUUACAAUGGAAAAGGGCGUAUCCCAGACUCAUUCAUCCACGAAGCUGCGCAGAAACUGGCCCACGGUGACUGUACCUGGUUAUACUACGGCAUGGCCUACGGACCCAAAGAAAUCCGACAGUACAAACUCGACAUCAUCCACAAGGAAUUCAUGAAAAUUCCCGGCGCCAGACGAAUCGACCCUUCCACUCUGCCCGCAGAUAACUACUUCUGGGUUCGUGACCGGAUUGCCUCUGGCGUACCAGACAUCGAAGAGCUACGCUGGGUAAAUUGGCACCCCAAUGGAGGGCACGUUGCUUUCAGCCCUGUAUCCCCAGUCCGCGGGAACGACGCGACGGCACUAUGGGACAUUGCGCAGAAGCGAUGUGAAGAGUAUAACCUAGACCUCUUUCCUACGUUUGUCGUGGGUCUUCGCGAGAUGCAUUUGAUUGUAGAGAUUGUGUUCAACCGCGACGAUCCGGUCAUGCGAGAUAAUGCGCGGGCAUGUCUGCGCGGGAUGGUUGAUGAUGCUGCGAAGAGGGGAUACGGCGAGUACCGUACCCAUCUUGCCUUUAUGGAUCAGAUUGCGGGAACGUAUAACUGGAAUGAUGGCGCGUUGCUCAAAUUCAACGAGAAGAUCAAGGAUUGUCUGGAUCCCAAUGGAAUCAUGGCUCCAGGUAAAUCGGGAAUCUGGCCCGCACGAUAUCGUGGACGGGGGUGGGAAAUGAGUGCGCAGGACGAGUCCUCUGAGGGAAAUGGGGUGAAUCCGACUCCUGGGACGAUGAGGUUGUAA